GUUACCUUUUGACUCAGCGGUGAAUAUUUCGGGUUUACCAAUGCAAAAUCUCUAUCGUUUCGUUCUUUUACUUGGGUUUUGAUCAAGAUUCUCGAGCUGAUUCUUUGUUCUCACAGAAAGUUCUCGACUUUUGUGAGUUAAGAAUAGUUAGGCUUGUUUUGUCGAGAGUGAUUCUUCUGAAAAAAUUGACUUCUUCAAAGUGUUUUUGAGUUCUAUAAUCGGUGGGCUAACUAUUUUAUUGUAUCUUCUGCUUCAGUGAGAGUUGCAAAAAGAUGAAAGAUAGAGAAAGCGAUGGGAGGAUUCUUGACAACAGAAUCUUCGUGGGAGGCUUGUCUUGGGAUGUCACUGAGAGGCAGCUUCAAUAUACUUUUCACCGCUACAGAAAAAUCAUCGAGUGUCAGAUCAUCGUGGAGAAAGAUACUGGUCGCCCACGUGGUUUUGGUUUCAUUACAUUCAAUGAUCGCCGAGGAGCUGAUGAUGCAAUCAAACACAUGCACGGGAGGGAGUUGGGUGAUAGGGUCAUCUCGGUGAAUAAGGCUGAGCCGAAGGCUGGUGGGGGAGAGGAUCUUCGUAAUGGAGGCUAUUCAUCACAAGGAAGGGGUGCUGCUGAAGAUGAGUGCUUUAAGUGUGGGGGUCAUGGUCACUGGGCUCGAGAAUGCCCAUCAUCAACUGGUGGUGAUCGAGGUCGCUACAGAGAUCCACCUGCAAUGCACUCUAGAGUUGGAGAAUACGAUGGACACCAAGAUCGUUAUGGAGACCGUGACCGUGAUCGCUACAUGGAUGAUCAUCGUGAUGGUGGACGGUGUAGCUACAAAGACCGCUUUGAAGGUAGAGACAAGUAUGAAACUCGUGACUUGUAUCCAGUGGAGAGGUAUGGUCGACCAGGAGACCGUUUGGUGAGUGAUAGGUAUGGGAUGCCUCAAUGCCAUCAUCAUCUUGAGGAUGAGUAUGGCAGGGGAGAGAGAGGCUAUGACAGGGACAACAGAUACGAAAGUGAUAGGUAUGGAGACAUGGGACCAUUGCGUUAUGAGGGAAGAGCCUAUAGAAGCAGAUCAUGUCCUUAUGACCGUCCUAGCCGAGCUGGAGGCCGAUCUUCUUCAUAUGAACGUUGCUAGUUUAUUUAUUCGAUUAAAGAGAUAUCAAUGCUUGUCUUUUUGGGAUUAGGGGAUGUAUCAGAAUUGUUUUCUCUCAUAGGAUGGAACUGAAUUCUAGAACUAAAAUAGUUAUGUUCUUGUUGAUUCCCAGAACAAACUCAAUAGACUCAUCACAUAAAAGCUUUCUGAAGAGUC